CCUCCCCCUCCCCUUCCUCCUCCUCCUCCCGCCUCCCCUCCCCUCCCGGCCCCGUAGGCGCGGGCCCCGCGGCGGCAGAGGCAGAGAGAGGCCCCGGCCCCGGCCCCAGGCCCCCGGCGGCGGCUGCGAACGCGCUGCGCCCCCUCCCCGUCCCCCUCCCCCUUCCCUCUCCCCACCCCUACCCCGGCCCACCCGCCCGCCUCCACCGCGGCCCCUUCAUGGACAGGAACUACCCGAGCGCCGGCUUCGGGGACCCGCUCGGCGCCGGGGCGGGAUGGAGCUACGAGAGAUCCGCGAAAGCUAGCUUGGUUUAUGGGGGCUCCAGGACUUCCCACCCGGAGACGGACAUCUUACACCGCCAGGCUUAUGCAACCCCUCACCCGCUUCAGGGGUAUGCGACCAACCAUCACCCUGCAGGGCUCUCGGGCUUGUUCGACACGGGCCUCCACCAUGCCGGAUCGGCCGGCCCCGACGCCUCGGUCAUGAACCUGAUCUCUGCCCUGGAGUCCCGGGCCCCGCAGCCGGGCCCGUCCGCUUCCUCCCUCCUGUCUCAGUUCCGAAGUCCAUCCUGGCAGACAGCCAUGCACACGCCGGGCCCCACGGAGCUGUUCAUCUCGGGGGCCCUGCCCGGCUCCGGGACCUUCCCGUCCUCCUCGGCUCUGUCCGCCUACCAGCACCCGGCCUCGUUCGGGGGCCGCCCCUUCCCGGUGCCGUCGUCCCUCAGCCUCCAGGACCCGCCCUUCAGCCCGCCGGCCAACGGGCUCCUGUCGCCGCACGACGUCCUGCACCUGAAGCCUUCCCAGGCCCCGACCGUGCCGUCCUCGCUGGGCUUCGAGAGGCUGGCGGGGGGCGGCGUCCUGGGGCCCGCCAGCCUGGGGCCCGCUCAGACUCCUCCCUACCGCCCGGGGCCGCCUGAGCCCCCCCCUCCGCCCCGCCAUCUCCCCGCUCAGUUUAACCUCCUGGCCUCCUCCUCUUCGGAGCAGUCCUCCCCGCAGCUGUACAACUUCUCGGGGGCCGCCCCGCCGGGACCCCCGCCCGAGCGGGCCUUGCCCCGGCAAGACAGCGUCAUCAAGCACUACCAGAGGCCGGCCAGUGCCCAGCCCCCGCCCCCGCCGCCCCCGCCCCCGCCGGCCCACUCCCUGCAGCACUACCUGAGCUGCGGCGGCAGCUACCCGCCCCCGGCCAUGGGCCACCGGGCCAGCCUGGCCUGUAGCCCUCUCGGCGGGGAGCCUUCUCCCGGAGCCGGGGAGGCGACCAAGGGGGGCCAGGGGGCCGGCGCGGGGGGCACGGGAGCCGGGGGCCGGGCCGCGGGCCCCGAAGCCGGCCCCGGGACGGGGGGGCAGGGCGCCGGCGCGACAGGGGGAGGCUACCGCCCCAUCAUUCAGUCACCCGGUUACAAGGCAGCCAAGGGGGGUUACGGGGCGGGGGCGGGAACAGCUCGGCCCCCUCCGUCCCGAUCCACAGCCACACCUAAGUGCCAGAGCCUGGGGGGCGGGGGCUACGCCACGGGGACCGGGAAGCCCAGCGGGGCGGGCAGUGGCGGGGGCCAAGCUUACUCCCCGGGCCAGCCGCAGGGCCUCCUGGGUCCCCAGGCCUACAGCCAGGGCUUUGGCGCCAGCCAGGCCCAAGACCUGAGUAAGGGGCCCGGCUACUCGGCGGGGCCUCCCCAGGCUCAGCCCGGCGGGCCCCCCCAGCAGCCUCCUCCCAGCCUGACCACCUGCCAAAGCUACUCGCCCGACCAGCUCCAGAGCCUUCCGUACGGGGUGCAGAGCGAAGGCUACCCCGGGCCCGCCCCCCACUCCCAGGGCCUGCCCACAGCCAGCCCCUCCCUCAGCUACAGCACGGGCCACUCUCCGGCCCUCUCGGGCCACGGGGGCGCUUGGGGCCACACGCCAGCCUCCCUGGGCGGCGGCGGGGGCGGGGAGGCCAGCCCCUCCCACAUCAUUCGGCCCCUGCAGUCGCCGCCGGCCAGCGGGGGAGGGCGGCCCCCGGGGGUGGCCAGCCCCGGGGCCCCCGGCAAGUACCUGAGCUCCGUGUUGGCCUCUCCCACCUUCCUGGGCCCCCCCGGUGGGGCCGGGGGCUACCCGGGGGCGGGGGGAGCCGGGGGCUACAAGGGCAAAGCAGAUGGGGGGGAGCUGCUGGGGGGGCCGGGGGCCGGGGGGGCGGGGCAGCGCACGGAGGACGAGGAUUUCCUGAUCCAGCACUUGCUGCAGGCCCCCAGCCCGCCCCGGGGCUCGGGCCCCGACGGGCUGGUGGGCGAGUGCGAGGAGCCGAGGGGCGGCGAGGGCCCCGGCGGCGGGAGCGGUCCCAAGGCCGCGGCCGCCGCGUACGACCUGGCCAAGGAGGAGCAGCAGCGCUACCACCUGCAGAGCGUGAUCCGGACCAGCGCCAGCCUGGACGACGGGGCCACGCUGGAGCUGGGGCUGGGGCGGCUCAAGGACAAGAAGAAGGCCGCCAGCAGCGAGCGGGGCGGGGGCACGCCCGAGGGCCUGGCCACCUCCGUGGUCCACUACGGCGCGGGGGCCAAGGACCUGGGGGCCUACCUGCAGAAGACUCCGCCCCCGCCCGCCCCCGCCCCGCAGCCUCCCCCCCACCACAACCUGCUCCUGGAGGGGGCUCCCGAGCUCCCCCUGGUCCUGCCCCCGCCUCCGCCCCCGCCUCCCCCGCAGCUCCUGCCCUCGGUGCUGAGCCACGCGCCCAGCCCCCCCGCCCCGCCGCCCGCCCCUCCGCCCCGCAAGGUGGGCGUGCAUCUGCUGGAGCCCGCCCCCCGCGACACUGGACCUCUCCAACUCGAGGCGCAUCUGCGGGCCCCCCCGGGCCUCGAGGCCUCCCCCAGUCCCCGGCUUCGGGCGGAUGAGGGCCUGGAGGCCCCUGGGGCCAUGCAAGACCUACUGGGCGCCUUGGAGCCACUGCCCCCGCCCCCCGCCGAGGCGGGCGGCCCUCAGCCCGGGGAGGCGAAGGACCCCGCGGGGGCCUACCGAAGCCCCAGCCCGCAGGGGCCCAAGGCCCCGCGCUUCGUGCCCUUGACGUCCAUCUGCUUCCCCGAUUCGCUGCUGCAGGACGAGGAGCGGAGCUUCUUCCCCACCAUGGAGGAGAUGUUUGGCGGGGGCACCGGCGACGAUUACGCCAAGGCGGGCCCCCCGGAGGACGAGGCCGACCCUAAGGGUGGCGGCGGCGGAGCGGCCCCCGCGGGGCCCGCGGCCUACGAUCCUUAUGCCCCUUACUGCCCCGCCGGCCCCACGGGUGGGGGGCCCGAGCCCCCCGGGCUGGGCUUGGACCCGGGCAAGACGCCCGUCGAGCUGCCCUCCACGGUCAACGCCGAGCCCCUGGGCCUGAUCCAGGCCGGGCAGCACCAGCCGCCGCCCCCGCCCCCGCCCCCCCCGCCGCCGCCCCCGGAGCCCAAGGGUGGGCUCACCUCGCCCAUCUUCUGCUCUUCCAAGCCCAAGAAGCUGCUGAAGACCUCGUCCUUCCACCUGCUGCGGCGGCGGGACCCUCCCUUCCAGACGCCCAAGAAGCUCUACGCCCAGGAGUACGAGUUCGAGGCGGACGAGGACAAAGCCGACGUGCCGGCCGACAUCCGCCUCAACUCCCGCCGCCUGCCCGACCUGCUGCCGGACCUCGUGUCCAGCUGCCGCUCGCGCCCGGCCCUCUCGCCCCUGGGGGACAUCGACUUUUGCCCGCCGCCCCCCGGCCCCACGGGACCCCGGCGCCGCGGAAGGAAGCCCACUAAAGCCAAACGGGACGGCCCGCCCCGGCCCCGGGGACGGCCUCGCAUCCGGCCCCUGGCCGAACCUCCUCCGGGGCCCCCGCUGGGGCCCCACCUUCCCGGCGGCCAGGCCGACGGAGCCAGGAAGCCGCGGGGCCGGGGCCGGGGCCGGGGCCGGAAGGCGGAUGAGCCCAGCGGCGAGGGGCUGGAGCCCCUGAAGCCCCUCAAGAUCAAGCUGGCCGUGCCCAAAGCGGGGGAGGGCGGCGGCCCCGCGGCGGGGGAGCCGGCUUCCUCGGGCCCCAUGGACGGCGGCCUGGACUCCAGCCAGACCCGGGAGAAGAUCCAGGCCAAGAUCAAGGAGGUGGAGGAGAAGCAGCCGGAGAUGAAGUCGGGCUUUAUGGCCUCCUUUCUGGACUUCCUCAAGUCGGGCAAGCGGCAGCAGCUGCCCUCGGGCUCGGGGCCGCCCCCCAGCCCCUCCAAGGCGGGGCCCGGCCGGACUCUGGGGCCUCCCCCGGCGGUGGCGCCCCCGGCCCCGGCCCCGGCCUUCGGGCUCGGCGGGGCCCUGGAGGCGGCGGAGAGCGACGGCCUGGGGCUCGGCUGCCCCUCGCCCUGCAAGCGCCUGGACGAGGAGCUCAAGCGCAACCUGGAGACCCUGCCCUCUUUCUCGUCCGACGAGGAGGACUCGGUGGCCAAGAACCGCGACCUGCAGGAGAGCAUCUCCUCCGCCAUCUCGGCCCUGGACGAUCCGCCCGCCCCCAAAGACGCCGGGCCGGCCGCCACCCCCGCCGCGGCCUCCAGCCCCGAGGCCCCCAUCUUGGAAGAGAAGCCGCCCCCGUCACCUGCUCCGUCUUCUCCUCCCUCGCCCCCUUCCCCACCACCCUUGGUGCCCCCCGAGCCCACCUCCUCCCCACCCCCUCCGCCUCCUGCCAUCCCUCCCGUGCCGAUGGCACCGCUCCCUCCGCCAGAGGCGCCGGCCCCGGCCCCGGCCCCCUCCCCCGAGGAGCCAGAGCCCCCCGACGCUCGGCCCUUGCACUUAGCCAAGAAGCAGGAGACGGCGGCCGUGUGUGGGGAGACCGACGACGAGGCGGGGGAGAGCGGAGGCGAGGGCAUCUUCCGGGAGAGGGACGAGUUUGUCAUCCGCGCCGAGGACAUCCCGGCCCUCAAGCUGGCCCUGCAGACGGGCCGGGAGCCGCCCCCCAUCUGGAGGGUGCAGAAGGCCCUCCUCCAGAAGUUCACCCCCGAGAUCAAGGACGGACAGAGGCAGUUCUGUGCGACCAGCAACUACUUGGGCUAUUUUGGCGACGCCAAGAACCGCUACCAGCGUCUCUACGUGAAGUUUCUGGAGAACGUGAACAAGAAGGAUUACGUCCGGGUCUGCGCUCGGAAGCCGUGGCACCGUCCCCCGGUCCCCGUCAGGCGUCCGGGACAGCCGAAGGCCGCUCCGGUGCCAUCCGGGACGGCGGCCCCGGCGGGAGGGGCCUCCCUUCCCAAGCCCCCAGCUACUCCUUCAAAGCCAGAGCCCCCCGAGAAAGCCCCAGAGAAGGCUCCCGAGAAGCCCCCUGAGAAGCCCCCCGAGAAGCCCCCCGAAAAACCCCCCGAGAAAUCCCCGGAGCCAGCGCCAGAGAAAGCCCCUCCUCCGGCCCGUCCUCCCGACAAAGAGCGGGCCCUGCGGUCAGAGCGGGUCACUCGGGAGCGGGGUUCCCGGCCCGCCCAGCCCGCGGCCGAGGCCGCCCCGGCCAGGCCCCCGCGCCCUCCGAAGGCCCGUCCGGCCAAGGUGAAGGCCGAGCCCCCCCCGAAGAAGAGGAAGAAGUGGCUGAAGGAGGCGAGCGAGCGUUCGGCGGCGGCCAGAGGCAGCUCCUCCGAGUCCGAGUCCUCCCCCGGGCCCCCCAGUGAGGAUGAGCGGGCGGCCCCCGGGCGGCUGCUGAAGACGCGGGCCAUGAGGGAGAUGUACCGCAGCUACGUGGAGAUGCUGGUGAGCACGGCCCUGGACCCCGACAUGAUCCAGGCCUUGGAGGACACGCACGAUGAGCUGUACCUGCCCCCGAUGAGAAAGAUAGACGGAAUCCUCAAUGAGCACAAGAAAAAAGUUCUCAAGCGCCUUUCCCUGAGCCCAGCCCUGCAGGACGCCCUGCACACCUUCCCCCAGCUGCAGGUGGAGCGCGGCGGGGCCGGGGCCGGGGGAGCGGAGGGCGCCCCCGGGACGGGCUCCGGGGCCGUGCGGCUUCGGCCCGCCGGGGACCCGUACAACCGGAAGACCCUGAGCAAGCUGAAGAGGACCGUGGCCCGAGCCCAGGAAUUCAAGGUGGAGCUGGACAAGUCAAGCUUCUACACGCUCUAUCACGCUCUCCACCACUACAAAUACCACACCUUCCUCCGCUGCAGGGACCAGACGCUGGCUAUCGAGGGAGGCGCCGACGACCUGGGGCAGGAGGAGGUGGUGCAGCAGUGCAUGAGAAACCAGCCCUGGCUGGAGCAGCUGUUUGACUCCUUCAGCGACCUGCUGGCCCAGGCCCAGGCCCAGGCCCAAGGCCGCUGCGUGUGACCGGCCCUCUGCCGCCCACUGGCCCUGCUGGGUUGUAGCCCCUCCCUGCCCCCGCCCUUUCACUGUACAGAGAAAUUAUUUAUAUAUAUAUGUAUAAAUGUCUAUUUAGUCCCCUCCCUCCUUUGCCCUCCCCUCCUCUGCCCUCCCCCAUGUACAUAAUGUAUAGGCAAAGUCUAUGUCUGGGGGGGGCGGGCGCUGCUCCUUCCCGAGACCUUCCUCGAGGGCCGCCCCGUGGGGCCGUGGCGGGUGGGGCGGGAUCCAGCUUGUUAAUUAUUUGUAAUCUUAUUUAUUGUACAUAGUUGGGGAGGGCUGGGGGAGGGGCAGAGAGGGCUCGGGCUCCGGCCCCCCCUUUUCUACAGCGCCUCGGUCCCCGGCCGCCUCACUCCGGUCUGAGUGUCGUCUGAACGUGGUUCUCUUUUUGAUCAGUCUGUCCCCCCCUCGUCUCGCUGUCUCUCGGGCUUCUAUACGAUUCACUUGUAUACACUGUGUACACACAGAUCCAGCCGGGCUCCCAAUCAGCAACCACUUUAUUUGCA